AUGAGUACAGUAAGGUCUUUCUUUCCAGUGGACGAGGUGUCAUGUUCGUCGGGAAGCCUCACAGUCAUGCUCAACAAGUCGGAUCCAGACAUUGCCCGGUGGAUGAACGACCCGAAAUCGCAACCUGUGGUGUAUGUCUACGGUCACAAGACACUUGUGCCCUGCGGAACAUCAUUAAAAAACGACAAAGGGCAACAAAAUUACAACCUGACGAUACCUUACGGAAAACAUUGUGACGUCCACCUUGCUGACCUGGAACCAAACUACCGAACGGCGGAGACUACAAUAGCGCUUGAAGACAAUGUGGAUACUAGUAUAUCCAAAGUAAUCCGGAUCAAUCACGUGUUCUGUCUUUACACACGAAGUGUUCAGACAAUCAGAUACAGUGAUGUGUCGACGGCCCAUGAAGUUUUGGCAUCAACUGGAGGCAAACCAAAACCGAAAGUUGAAAUGAUGUUCAGAAGCACUGACGGACGACCCCUGAGAACAGCGAAAUUCGGCGACACCGUAGAAUUUUACGUUGCUCUGACACCCGAUAAGGCGUACCACGGUAUCUCGCCAAAAGAGUGCAUGUUCAGUGAUCGUGAGGAUAUGCUAUCACCUGAUGCCCGACAUCUCACUUUUGUUCAAAGCAGUUGUCCAGUACAUGAAAUGUCCGAGAUUAUCGAUCCAUUGGCAAAUGUCAACGAGGAAGUCUAUUUUUCCAAGUUUAAAACGUUCCGUUUUGGAAAUCAAAGUACCGUCUUUGCUCAGUGCACGGUACAGGUGUGCCUCGUUGGAUCGGAAUGUGUUCAGAACUGUUUCAAACGUAUUUCAAAUUCGAAUUUGACGGCAGAACGACUUCGAUUUCGUCAUAAGAGAGCAGUGAAUCCGCCUUUUAGCAAAGAUGACGUAUACGAUCAAGUCUCAGUGAGAGAGUCACUAACAAUUCUGGACGACAUGGAAACAGAAGAAGCGCUAACUAUAUUAAUCAUGGACGGGCAUAUUCUAAAUGAGGGAGCAGAAGCAUGGGAAUCGCUUACCAGUGUCAUGGUGGAUGACUGGGAAUCAGGUGUCAUCAAGGUCCACGGAGCAAUGUUUGGUGUCGACAUCACGGAUUCCAGUUCCGCUAAUGCUUUUCAUAGUCAUGCUGUUGAUUUUCUGCAUUGCAUCGGCUAG